AUGAAUGCUGGCCAGUCAGAUGGCCAGGUCCUCCUCUACAACUUCUUCGCAGACAACCCCAAGGAGCCCAACUUCAUCGCCUUCGCGCUCCAGAGGACGACGGAGCCUGGCGGGGAUGACGUCGCGAAGAUCUCCACCUUCCCCGCAUCCACUUGCUGGACAGUCCUACUCGAAGCCAUGGUCCUGGCUAACAACAACGCCGUGGUCCCUCUCACCACCAGUGUGGUCUGCGCUCCGUUAAGCAAGGCGGUCGUAAUGCUCGACAGUGGCACGUCACACACGGACAUCCGGGCACGCGACCUCUCCUUGGACGAGACUGACGAUAUUAUUGCAAAGUGUAACGCGCUCGUCGUCGCGAAGAUCGCGCGGAUGGACUCAAAUUCCGUCGCUUACCACCUCAUUGUGAAGAGGCGAAUCACAUGGAUCCCCGGCAAGCUGGUCGCGUAUGCACCUGUGGUCCACCUGACGGUAGAUAUAGCCCUCCUUGAAUGUGUCGACAGCGUGAACUUUGAUGCAAACACAUUCGCGACCCUUCCACCUCAAGUCGUCACGUCCCUAGUCCGGCUCACCGCUGAGGCGGACUCGCUGGAGGCCAAGCCAAGAAUCAACGACAGUUUGAACACGGUCAUUAAGCGUGCGGAAUCUGGUCUAUGUAUGACCAGCCUCUAUCCUUCGAGCAGUUACUGA